AUGGCCACUGUGCGACGCAGCGCCGUGGCCGCCAUCUUCGUCAGUUUCGCUGUGCUAUGCGGCGCGUCAACGGUACCGAGCGGCAGCAGCAGCAGUAUUUCAUCGACUACAAUCACCACGAUCCCAACAGCAGCUCCGGCCAUCACUCCUGCGCUGUCUGCCGUCUCACAAACCACACAGGAAGCUACCCCCACCGGGCCAAUCACAACCGCGCCCAUCUUUCUGCCCUACUAUCGCGGCUCGGCUUGGUCUGCUCUCCGAGGCAGCAUUCUAUCAUCUGACGACGUCAAAAAUUGCACAACAUAUACGAUAUUCUGCUGCAAAGAGCCAGCGAAAGGUUGCAAUCUCGCCCUAGAAUUUCCAUUCAUUAUUGUCGAAGGCCCCAAGACGGUCGAAUUCCACGGCACAUAUACGUCCACUUUGUACGACGGCUCCCGAGCUUUGCGCAAUUCCCGGUGCCGCAAAACAUGGCUAACAAAGAGUAUUUCUAGCAUUGCCGACAUCGCAUGCGAUCUCGACGGACGAACUGCGGCGACAUGCUCCGGCUAUUCGAGCUACAAGUCGGGCUACAAAAACGGCCACGUCACGGGUCCUACUGAAAUUUCCUGGAGCUCGACCUUGACCGGCACCGAUGUUCAAUGGGGCGUCUUGACGAUGGCUGCUCUCCCCAAACCGACUGGCGAAGAUGGCGAUUCAGCUGAUGUCACGGUGGCGCCGACUGAGAAUACAGGGCUAUUGUUUGUGCCGUCCGAUACUCCGGGAAACGCUGCCAGUACGCAAGCUUUGCAACUUUGGGCAGCCAUUGUCGUCGCCGCGAGCACAAUUUUUGCCGGCCUUCUUCUCUAA